AUGGACGGUAUCGCGCGCGAGGCACCCGAGACUUCCAUAACCAUCGGCCAGAGGGCUGCAGAGCACGACCAGGGGACAUAUGCAGUUGCGAUUAGAUUCGCGGCCGCAAGCGUAUCCCAAGGGCACGAUGCCGUCAGUGUAGAUAGAGAUGCCGGAUUCACACAGCAGGGUAUUGAAAGUAUCGCCAUAGGCAAAGAGUCCGGGCAUAACAAGCAGGGAGUGCGCGCCAUUGCACUGGGAUUGCUCGCCGCCCACCAGCGCCAAGGCAUGUCUGGAGUGGCCAUCGGUGACAGUACUGGACUCGACUCGCAAGUCGUUUCCAUUGGAUUUGGUAGUGGCAGCAAGUUUCAGGGCAACAGUGCGGUUGCCAUUGAACGAGAUGCUGGCACGGUGGACCAAGGUCUCAAAGCCAUAGCUGUGGGGUACGGUGCCGGCGCGAACACGCAGUCGCUCGGUAGCGUGGCAAUUGGCGAUCUCUCCGGCAACAUGGGACAGGAUAUGAACGGUGUUGCGCUUGGGCCGUCCGCCGGACAGAUGAUGCAGUAUAUAGGUGCCGUGGCCAUUGACCAUUUGUCGGGGUUUACUGACCAGAGUGUUGGUGCCAUUGCCGUUGGGCGACUCGCCGGUCAGACUGGGCAGAGUGAGCAUGCACUGGCAUUUGGCUUUGGUGCGGGAAAUUUGGACCAGGGUGAUGAUGCCAUAGCCAUAGGCAGGUUGGCCGGACAGACGCAGCAGGCCCCUAAUAUAACAGUGGGCAAAGAUGCCGGCAACGACUCACAAGGCGCAAAUGCUAUUGCAGUUGGUCAACUCGCCGGCCAGAUGGGGCAGGGGGAAGAUGCUGUGGCCGUUGGUGGUGGGGCCGGGCUUGACUCGCAGGCCCAGCCAGCGAGCCGGGGCCUGUAUGUGCAAUUUGCCGUGGCCAUUGGAAGCCUUGCGGGUGAAACGAACCAGGCUGAGGGUAGCAUUGUCCUAAACGCAUCAGGGGCGGCACUGAACGCGGCGAGCGCGGGCAAUUAUAAGAUGGCGGCCUUGAUCAUCUUUGCGAUGAUAUUUUUGCUACUCGUGGUGGUUGGCGUAGUCUGUGCACUCGUAUAUUUUACGUCCACCACUGACGACACGACCACAGCCACAACCGAAACAGCGACUACGGUCAGCACGGCCGCAGACUCUACUACUGGAGCCCUGACUAACCGAUCAUGUACUACUACUAGUGGUGGGAGUGGCAAUCGUCAAAUGCCGCGCCUUGGGCUCGGUGUGUACGCUGGACAAGAGGCCAAGGGACUGGAUGUGGGCUUUGAGUGGAGAUACUACACCAUGGCCGAGCUCAGCAGCCCCACGAGCAGGGGCGAGUACAACUGGACGACACUGGAAAAGGAUCUGGUAGGCGCCAAGUCCCGUGGCCGGCCAAUGGUCGUGCGGAUCCAGGACCAGAGUGGCACCAACUCUGGUGACGACCAAAAGUCUUUACUGCCCCCGUACGUGAGCCAGCCGAACAAGGUGCUGUUCGGCAGCUCAAAGUUUGUGGGUGUGGACUGGUCGUCCACGGACGUGCAGCAGUUUGAGCUCGACUGUUUCACGGCGUUCGCGGCCAAGUUCGAUAAGGACACGCGGAUAGCGUACUUGCAAGCGGGCUGGGGGUUCUGGAGCGAGAGCCACCUGUACCACGACGGCACCGACUAUAUCAAGCACGGGGUCAACUAUCCUUCAAAAGAGUACCAGGCCAAGUUUGUGGACCACCUGGCCGGCCUGUUCAAGUGUCUGACGUUUUCGUUCAGCAUUGACGGCGCGCUCAGCGGACUGCCCCUGGAUGAUUUGAGGUACGGGGUCUUUAACGACUCGUUGACGGCCAAGGGGAGUAGUAGCCAGGACACGUACUAUGAGCAGCUCAACUUUGCAGAGCGCAACAAGACCCGGCCAAGCGGCGGCGAGUUCCUCGACUUGAUCAAGACGCCGUUUGGGGAUGCGGCGCUCCUGGAACGCGUCAAAAAGUACAAUGUGCAGUACGUGUUUGCGAACCAGCAGCGCGAGGACUCGAACUGGGACCAGGCCGUGGCGGCCGUGAUACAGGCAUGA